AUGAGUACACACGGACGGAUAAAACUAAUCCAAGGGCAGUUGUGGCGCGCACAAUCCAGAUCAGCCAAAGCGUGCGCCUUCGACGGCAUCUCCAAUGCCUGUUGUCAGGGAGUCGACCUGAACAGGAAUUUUGAUUUUCGAUUCGCAGAAAUUGGUGCCUCUCGUUAUCCUUGCUCGGAAAUCUACCAUGGCGCCACUCCAUUCAGUGAACCGGAAUCAAAAGCCUUUUCGAAAUUCCUAAUGUCCUUGAGAGGUCGACUCGAAGGUUACAUAACAUUGCACGCGUACUCACAACUCUGGAUUUAUUCAUAUUCACAUCGCAAGUUUACUUACGCCCCGGAUAUUGACGAGACGAAGCGAGUUGCACAGAAGGCUGUCGCAGAACUUGGAAAAAUGUACGGAACUCGCUAUCGAUACGGCACUGGUCCGGAAAUCAUCUGUGAGUGA